AUGAACCCGAAACCCUUCUGGAUCCUGCGCCAUCACGGCUCGUCGUCCAUCCGCUCGCUGCACCACGCACACCACUUGCUCGCGGUGGGCGACGAUGCGGGCACCGUCUCGCUGGUCGACUUGGUCACGUUGAGGCCCAAGUUCGCAUGGACUGCACACACGGAUUCGGUCUUGACCGUGCAGGUUGUGGAUGCCGGGCAGGUGAUCACGCAUGCCCGCGACAACACUCUCAAGUUGUGGCAGCUGCCGAGCUCUUCGCAAUAUAUUGGAACCGUCACCACUACGAAACUCGCCAACACCGGCAGAGGCAGAGACAGCGCCAGCGCCAGCGCCGGUAGCGGGGGAGACGCAGCACCCCCAGCACCACACCUCGUCCGAACCAUCGGCGUCAACGCGCUCAAUUUUGCCAAGUUCUCGCACCUGGGCAACCACCUCGCCGUCCCCAACGCCCUCGACGCAGCAUACAUCGACAUCCUCGACCUGCACACCGGCCACCGGCUGCACGAAGCCAUCGGCCGUCCCGACAUCGCUUCUACCCCAGCCGGCAAACGCUUGCCCAUCGUCAUGUCUCUCCACCUGCUUCCCGACGAAACGCUGAUAGCGGGGUACGAGGAUGGCUAUGUCAAACGAUGGAGCCUACGCGAUGGUGCGCUGAUGUGGCAGGCAAGAUGCCACAGCGAAAGUGUUAUGAGUGUUUCGAUCGCGGCAGCUUUCGGCUUGUCUGUCGCAGCAGACGAUAGGAUCGCUCGCUUCGAGUUGCGAACAGGAGCGACACAGUUGACGCAAGCAAGGACUCCGGGCAACGCAUGUAUUUCAAUAAGCCCGGAUGAAAAGUCAUUUGCUGUUGGCGCCUGGGACGGCUCGAUCAAUGUCUACUCCACAUCCGACUCGCUCUCGCACCUGGGAUCGCUCAACUACCACAGAGACACGGUCGAAUGCCUCGCUUUCGCCCACGUCAAAGGCUCGGAUCAUGUCGAUCAGGACGACACUUCAGACGAAGAAGACGUUCCGCAAGAUGCACCGCUCAUAUUGGCUGCCGGCGGAAGGGAUGGCAAGGUUUCUCUUUGGAAGUAUCACUGA